GCCGCCAAAACCCCCCCACCACCACCACCACUACUAACCUCGCUCUCUCUCUCUCUCACAUCACAACAUCACACGCAGGUCGCCUCAGACGAAUUACACGUAAAUUAUUGAGACGAGGGGAGGGGGGGGGGUUAAAGAGUAAAAAAAAACUCGACAAAUAAUUUCGCAGCAAUCGAGCAUCUCGUGAGGAGCUUUCGACCGAUUUCGACCACGAGGGUUUUUUUUUUUCUUUCUUUUUCUUAUUUUGUUGCCCUCACACGCGGUCACCACCGUUGUUGCGGCGUUUCUCGUUUCUCCGCGUCCACCCCGGUUGCUGCUGCCGGGUCUUUCCGCAACGCGCCCGGCGUUCCCCGUGCUUGGCAUAAUCAAGGUUUUGGAGGAAGAGCGUUAUGAUGAAUGGGGGAUCCCUGGAAACACGGGGCCAUCUGGACCCAGACGCCAUUAAGAUGUUCGUCGGGCAGAUCCCUCGCUCGUGGGGCGAAUCUGAGCUCCGUGAACUGUUCGAGCAGUUUGGAGCCGUGCACGAGGUGAACGUGCUACGCGACCGGACACAGACUCCGGCUGUCAGCAGAGGUUGCUGCUUCGUCACAUAUUGCACCCGCAAAGCUGCACUUGAAGCCCAGAGCUCCCUGCACAACAUCAAGACUCUGCCUGGGAUGUAUCAUCCUAUACAGAUGAAGCCAGCCGACAGCGAAAAGUCCAGUGUGGAGGAAAGAAAGCUGUUCAUCGGAAUGCUGUCCAAGCAGCUGAGUGAAGCCGACGUGCGCGUGAUAUUUUCCCCUUUUGGACAAAUCGAGGAGUGCCGUGUUCUGCGGGGAACGGAUGGACAGAGCAAGGGGUGUGGCUUCAUUACAUUUGCAACACGAAUGAUGGCUCAAAACGCAAUCAAGAGCAUGCAUCAUUCCCAAACUAUGGAGGGUUGCUCGUCGGCCGUGGUGGUGAAGUUUGCCGACACUCAAAAGGACAAGGAGCAGCGCAAGCUUCAGACCCAGCUGCAGCAGCUGCAGCAGCUGAACGCUGCCGCCACCAGCUGGGGCAGUCUCGGAGGAGGACUUGCCACUUUGAACCCUCAGUACCUUGCUCUACUGCAGCAGGCUUCCUCUGCGGGUGGAAUGAGCAGUGCCUACGGCGGCAUGCCUCAGGUCUCAGGCCUGAACUCUGUGCAAUUAGCCACGUUGGCGGCCAUGGUAGGCAUGGGCCACUCAUCGCAAAGCACCCUCGGGUCACAAAGCAGCUUGUCAGCCUACAGCCCAAUGGGAAGUUCCUCAAGCCCCUCAGCAGCUGUGACCCCAAUGUCAUCACUGGGUGCCCUGCAGAGCCUCUCUGGUGUCUCCUCUGGCCUCGGCAUGGGCUCACUUGCUGGUAUGGGAUCCCUGAACGGUGGCCUUGCCAAUGGCUCGGGCAGCACGAUGGAUGCCCUGUCGCAGGCCUACUCUGGCAUGCAGCACUACACGGCUGCCGCCCUGCCCAACCUCUAUGGCCAGAGCUCAUUAAUGCAGCAACAGCAGCAGCAUUCAGCCAUGGGCAGCCAGAAAGAAGGUCCUGAGGGAGCCAACCUGUUCAUCUACCACUUACCCCAGGAGUUUGGGGAUCAGGACCUCAUGCAGACGUUCAUGCCGUUUGGCUCUGUUGUCUCCUCCAAGGUGUUCGUGGACAAGCAGACAAACCUCAGCAAGUGCUUUGGUUUUGUGAGCUACGAUAAUCCAAUCUCGGCUCAAGCUGCCAUCCAAGCCAUGAACGGCUUUCAGAUUGGCACCAAGCGUCUCAAAGUACAGCUCAAGCGCUCCAAGAAUGACAGCAAGCCCUACUGACGGGGCAUGUGCUUGCCCGGUUUUUUUCUUCUAGAUGUUGGUUGUGCCGUUAACAAUCGUGUCGGUGUGACCAUGUGACGUCCUCCAGCCAAUCAGUCAUCGUCCCGUCCCUGUCCGCUCACCUCUGAUCUCCGUUCCAUCGUGCUUUGGUUACGUAUUUUAAGGUGUUUUUUUAUAUAUAUCGUUUAAUUUCGUUACACAUACAACAUGAACUUCAUUUUGACUGCCUUGGAAUACUCGCUGGCCAUCACUUGUGCCAAUACAAAUGUUUAAAGAUGCCCAUGCUUGCAUUCUGCGUAAAGUGGCAACUGUAUUUGCCGUAGCAACAGUACCUGCCAGGAUUGUCUGUGUGAUCUGCCACGUGGUUUUUUUUGUUUGCUAUUUGUUCCAUUUGAGCCCAAUUAUUCACAAAAAGGUUGUCCCAUACACCUGGUCUUUAUAAUGAGUGACAUGCAUGGAAGUUUUAAUUAUUAUUUUUAUCAUGAAACCACCUGUAACUAGAUGUGCAAAUUUGUCCCCCAAAAUACAUGACUACCAACUCGCAACGUUUUUCUACAUUUGGGCACCGUGACUCGCAUUAUGUAUAAAAUACAACAUUGUACAAAGGCAAAAUAUAUGGGAUGUGGAAGAAGAUUGUCCUCUGAAUUUAACCGCACUAGACUCUCCAUUAAUUGCACCUAAUAGGGACAGUUUGUGUGGAUGAGCACGUUUUUAUGGUUAAUUGACUUAAGUGAAAUCAAGAUUUUCUUGAAGCAGACAGGGAGGAGGGGAGGGUUGGGUAUUCUGGGCAACGGCUGCACAAACUAAAGGGCUGAGGAGAAGUGACGUUUCCUUUUUUUGAGUGUCUUGCAGAAUAAAAUUUAACUCGGCUUGACUGAAGUGCAGUUCAUCGAGAGUCUACUGUAUUUUGUCACGAUUUUUCCUCAAUAAAUGUUGCUUUCUUCUGUGCUUGUUUAAUGUGCCGUGACCUCUGCAGCCUCUGCUAGUCAAUUUAGUACAUGCCAUGCCAGUGGAAUCUCGAUGCUUUCAAUUGGGCGGUACUUUUCGUUUGCGUUGUGCAUUUGUGCUCUGCAAAAUGACGUAACUUCACCUUUGCGCACGACCCAACACUCGUUGGGAACGCGUGUAGAAGAAAUCCCUACAAAACGUGUUUUGUGCACGUGUGUUUGACAGCCAAGUUGUUUUUAAAAAAAUCAUAAAAGGCCCACUUAAACGCAUCAUAUUUUGACCUGAAAGAUACAAUUAGAAACCGUCAACAUAUUAAUGUUCGAGUAAAUACCUUCAUAUAUUUAUUUAGCAAUUUACUCUUUAUUUGGACACCGUAAGUUGCUGCCAUAUGAAAGUUGUCUUUGUUGGUGUCUACCGACCAGUUACCUUGUCAGUUUAUUUAAUGGGAGAAUCGAGCAUGUGUAUGUUGGUAUUGCAAUGGCCGAGUAUAAUAUACGAAUGGAACAAAAAAAGCGACAAUGGUUCAGUCAUGUUUGUGCUCCCAUGUCAUAGUUCGUGAGCUUGGAUUCAUUUCUCGUGGUUGCACGUCAGUUUUCUCGGGUAAAUAUAUUUUGCACGGUGACUGUAAAGCUAUCGCUGGACACCGUUUUAAUCACAUGUUGAGUGAAAGCAGGCAUUGCAAUUUAAAAUUUGACACUUUCAAAAGAGCUUUCGUUUCGUCAUCCACUUUGCCAACGUUUUUUUUGUCCCAAAGACCUCGUGUGAAAAGGGCCAAGGGUUCCCCCUUAUUUCUGGGUUGAUUAGCAUUUGACUUUUUUUUACAGUCAUGAAUUCUUUUGCGGUGCGUUUGAGCAAACCUCUUGUACCGAAGCAAGAAAAUAAUUUCAACAUUUCUCGUGGCCAUCACCUGCUAGGCUUUCGAUCAGUUUGGAUAACACGUAGAAAGUUCGUGUGCUUGGACCGAAUUUGGCCGAUGCUCAUUGCAAACGUUGUCUUUGGGAAGCACGUACUGACGGCAGGCCUCCAGUGUGUGUUACCUUGUGGUCUGGUGACUUCAACACAUGGUUACAAUUCAGUUGCGUAAAAGACACAGGCUCCUGUUACCACCUUGGCAGUAUUGACUACCAUAAUUUGGAGAAGUCCAAUGUUUCCACUUAAACUUGAGUGGACGCAAGUAAAUUAAAUUGAGUUUAAUGGUUAAGAAGACCGGUUGACUGCUAUUCUUUUGGAAGUUAUUAGUGACUGAAUUGGGGCCUUCUGUUGUGAGAAUCCUGAAAACACUGUUUAUACGCACGUAUUAUUUUCUGGCCAUCACUGUUUUGAUUGUCUUGAUAUCCUGUGAAAAAUGAUGGUUUAUAGGCUGAAGGAACUGCAACUUUAAACAUUAACGUUGAUGCGAAGCAGUUGCGCUUUUGGAGGCAUUGAAUGUUUCUUAUGCUAAAUACGCUGCAUUGGUAAGUCAUUCCCUAACCCAAGUCUUUUGUUUGCUUUACCUGUAGAGUUUAAUGUUUUUUUUUGUAUUGGUUCCUCAUGAUUAUUUUUGUAUUGUUUUGAAAUGUGGGCCAAUUGAGUUGUUUUCAUUGUAAUUUUCUAUAGUUUUUUACUUUCGCCACAGCAUCUGUUGAGUCCCAAAACCACGCCCCAAGGACUCUUGAUGAUAGGAAUGUGAGGAUCAGAAGUUUGUUAACAUUUUUGCCUUGCGUGAUACUUUAACAUGAAUUAUGUUUAUUAAGAAAUGCUUUACAAAACACAGCGAGCCAGGCAACAGCCUGUGUGGGUUAGACAUGUUUUGUCAUCUCAUUCACAGUGACAUUAACGUUGAUGUUAUGGAUCUAAUUGUUUUAGUCGACGCACUGAGUUUUUUUUCUGAAAUGUUUAAUAUUUUCUUUAUUUUUUUACCUCUUCGUUUUGUGUCCAUCCUAUGCGAUGUAUAAUGCAGGGUUUGAAGGGGGUGGAUCUCAAGCGCUGUCACACGUUAAACUGAAUAUUUUCAGGGACCGUUUUGGCAUUGGUGGAGAAAGCAAAGUUCACCAUUCACAAUAAGUGUCAGUGAGAAGAGAAAUAUAUUUUAGAGACUUGCCUUAAUGUUACUGUGCAAGUUCACCGCAGCGGCAACUUUUUCAUACCGUUUACUAACAUGCUUCCUCGUAAAAAGUUUAGUGAGCUGUGUUUUUGGAUAGUGUAUCAACCUCGUAGGGCCCCCUCUACUCUGGUCUCCCUAUUCUUAAGGCCACAAUCCACGCCGUUUACUUGACCUGUUAUUGUAGUUAACGUCCGUUGGUCGUGUAAAUGCUAGUAUCCGUAGUACGAGCGUUUUCGAAUUGAUACGAAUUGCUCUCGCCGUGAGAUGGCAAUCGUACUCCAGUCGCCCCCGCUAAAAGAGAGUCUCGGGUAAUUAAUUGGGUACAGCUUUUUUUGGGUUUGAUCGCGUAAAUAUAAAUGCGUCAUUAAACCCGCCACCACCCGAUGCAGCCAAUUAGUAAGGUUUGUUAUGGUAAAAAAAACAUGCCAAUUCGUUACGAGUAGAGCACACCGGUCUGUUUGGAGUGUAAACCCACAACAUUUACAAUUCGAGUACUUUACUGUGACUUUACACUCCAACGAAUUGGCACGUUUUGCUUACCUUACUAAUUGGUUAUGUGGGGUGGUAGUGGGUUUAUCGACGCAUUUAUUUAUGCGAUCUAACCUAAAAAACACCUCGUGGAUAAUAUUGGUCGCGAAAGACCUACUGCGUGUUCAAGUCAUUCAGGUUUCGUGCGGUUUUUUAAGAUGCACGGUCAAGAAAACCAUUGCCACGUAUAUCUUUGGGGAAGGGCUUUACACUCGUGGGUGAGCUACACCGGUGCACAAUGCCACAUACUCUGCAUUGGUUUCCCAGGAUCUUUAACUCAUAGCUUACAUUCACUGGUGCUAUUUUUUUCCACACUAAAUUCCUGUAUCGGACAAUGACAGUAAAAUCAUUUCUCAUCCAUGCCCUAUGUCCAGUACAAAUGUUGAAAAUCACUGGACCCCUCCCAGUUGGCCAAGAUCGGGUCCCCCCCCCCCCACACUUUUUUUUACCAUGAUGAUAGGGUAAAAAAUAAUUUAACAUUGAGCGCCUAUUAAAAUGCAACCUUAAAUUUUAAGUUUGCAUCGAUUACUAUAGCUCCAGGUAAGCUUUUUCUUUUUGCAAGCAGGUGACCUAUUGUGGGCCAUGACAAUUAAGGGAAAUAUUCUUAUAAAUGCAUGAUGGACCAUGAUGAAAGGUGAAAAUGAGCUGUAGAGAGACUGGACAAUUAGCAAUCGGAGACGUUAUUUGUGUAUAGGAUGACUGGAUAAGAACUUUGUAUUUUGCAAACUCAUGAAUUUGACUUAAGUACAGGUUUCCCUCGCUUUAUGCAGUAGAUGCGUUCCAAAAUAAAAAGGGGGGGGGGGGCAAAAUUAAAACGCAAGAGACAGCUUGCAUGCCCGAGGAGUAGCGGGCAAUGCAGGACGCAAACAAUGCUGUCGUACGUCUGGCCGGUGAGUGAAUUCCAACCACUUGAACA